CCAUUCGCCAGGUGGCGACAUUGGACAUGUGACAGGAAGAAACCAAACCGGAAGCAUGUGCAUGUCGACGUCACUUUCUCGGAAAACAACAAAAACAAUACGUCCUCUUGCUACAGCAUCUACUUGGCAUGCUCUGUCAGCUGACUCGAUUUUAAAACAUUUUUAAAGGAAUACGGGUUAUCUUUCCAUGGAUUUUCCUUCGUGUUUGUGUUAGUAAAUUACUCCGUAGUGACAUGUUUCACUGGUUGUAGUACGACAAGAGUCCCGCCGGGGGUAAACAUUGGGACACGACGUUGCAACACAACGACCCUAAAAGCUUCGACAAUCAACACACUUGAUCCUUCGCACAAUUAUAUUGAACAUAUCGCCGUGUAGUCAGGCAACUAGUGACUUUGGAUAGCCAUGGCUCAGCAAAGAGGAGUCAAUAGUCUCCAGUUCAACCAAGACCAGAGCUGUUUCUGUUGUGCUAUGGAAACCGGGGUCAGGAUUUACAACGUGGAGCCCCUGAUGGAGAAAGGCCAUCUUGACCACGAGCAGGUGGGCAGCGUGGCCCAGUGUUCCAUGCUGCACCGGUCCAACCUGCUAGCGGUGGUGGGAGGCGGAGUCAACCCCAAGUUCUCCGAAAUCUCAGUGCUGAUCUGGGAUGACGCAAGCGAGGCAAGGGACCCCAAGGACAAGCUGGUGCUGGAGUUCACCUUCACCAAGCCCGUUCUGGCUGUCCGCAUGAGGCAUGACAAGAUCAUUAUUGUUCUGAAGAACAGAAUCUACGUGUACAGUUUCCCGGACAACCCCGUCAAGCUGUUUGAGUUUGACACCAGGGACAACCCCAAAGGACUGUGUGACCUGUGUCCUAGUAUGGAGAAACAGCUUCUGGUCUUUCCAGGUCAUAAAUGUGGCAGUCUACAGCUUGUUGACCUGUCCAACACCAAACCGGGCACGUCGUCGGCCCCCUUCACCAUCAACGCCCACCAGAGUGAGAUCGCGUGCGUGGCGCUGAACCAGCCGGGCAGCGUGGCGGCGUCGGCCUCCCGGAAGGGCACCCUCAUCCGCCUGUUCGACACGACCACGCGGGACAAGCUGGUGGAGCUCCGCCGGGGCACGGACCCCGCCACCCUAUACUGCAUCAACUUCAGCCACGACUCGUCGUUUCUCUGUGCGUCCAGUGACAAGGGCACGGUCCACAUCUUCGCCCUGAAGGACACCAAACUCAACCGACGCUCCGCGUUGGCUCGCGUGGGGAAGGUGGGCCCUGUGAUUGGCCAGUACGUGGACAGCCAGUGGUCCCUGGCCAGUUUCACCGUGCCCGCCGAAUGUGCCUGCAUUUGCGCAUUUGGGAAGAAUACGUCGAAGAAUGUGAACUCAGUAAUUGCCAUUUGUGUUGACGGCACAUUCCAUAAGUACGUUUUCACACCCGACGGAAACUGCAACCGCGAAGCCUUCGAUGUUUACCUGGACAUAUGUGAUGAUGAUGACUUCUGAGACGAGGGCCGAUGAAGCAGCAGGCGAUGUGUACUGAACAGUGAAGAGACUCCAGAUAACCUCCAGUGGUGAGGUUCAAAAUCUAUCCGCUUGUAACAUCACAAGUUGGCGUGUCCACCCAUAUGUACGGUGGAUAGAUGACUGGGGAGUUCAUCUAUUCGUCCCACAUGUGGGAGGACACUCCCAUUUGGGAUGUCACAAAGGCUACAUUUGAAAUUGGCCUCAAACUUGGUGGUUUAAUAGGGUCCGUUUAAGGCAAAGGUUGGGAGGAGUUGGGGGAAAGUACUGAAGCACCUCCUUAACUGCGUUUGUGACUUUCGUUGAUGUUCGAUAUGAAUGCAUAACGUUGUUGUUAAGCCCCGUUUUAUGCUUGCAUCAAUUUUAUUUUUACAACAAUGGAUAAAAAUACUGUUUUCUAUCUGUGAAAUCAAAGAAUUGUGUUAUGAUUCUGAAGGAUGAAUGUGUAAAACCUGUUUUUAAUACCAAAAAACCCAGCACAUAAUAAUUUGGUAUAUAAUCUCAUUGAAGAAUGUAAUGUUACAUGUUGCUAAAUUUGCUAACUUUUGUGUUGUAGACUUCGCAAGGUAUAAUGGGUUGAUUCAGUCAGUUCUUUCAAGAGAAAUAGCCCACAGACCGAUAAUAUCGCUGUCAUAUCCCUGUACAGAACUAUAAAGUAUAAUAAAAUCCUUGUUCAAAAGUACACAGUUUGACUUGCCAAUAUGCCAAUAUUUAUUUUUAUUUUAUUAAACCUUUUUUUAACCAGGUAAAAGUCUCAUUGAGAUUUAAAAUCCCUAUUCCAAGAGAGGCCUAGGCAAGAGGCCAGACAAGUCAUCAUGGUAUUGUAUACUGUAUUGGAUUUCCUCACUGUGGCAGUCAUAUUACAUGAAGCACAGGGAAUCUUCACUGCAGUGGGACUCACUGAGCAUCUGUGGGCUGCAGAUAAAAAAAAAAAGUUAGUUAGUUAUUCGUUCACUUAGUUAUUUAGUAUUUAUUUAUUGCUUUUGAUAGAUCAUUUUGACACAUAAAUCAAACUUUACUUCUCCCAGAGGAAUUGCAUGUCAUCAAACUAAGACACUAUUCCACCAUCACGAGUAUAAGAUAUUGGAAUUGUUUAUUAUUCCAAUUAUUUUUAUUGAGCUGUGAUGUAUUAAAGAAGCAUCUGCCGAACCGCACCUUUCCAGUCUCGCGGCUCUUGGCUCUUAUUUUGUUGACCUGGGACUCUGCGAUGUCCGUCCUCUCCUGGGCUUCCUCCAGCUCGUGUUGGACCUUACGCAGCUUGACCAUGGAGCAGUUGGCCUGCUCUUCCUGCAGGGACGAGGGGACCAGCACACACAGUUUCCUCAGACACUCCUGCAACCACGUAUCAUGGCUGUUAUGCCGCGUGAUGUCAACAGAUGUGGUAAAUAUUAUGGACCUCGCCAUAAAGUUUAGCGCGGGGCACUAUUCACAUUGUCAUCCCGUGUUUACAUUUAUAUUACAAAAAUUGUGCGUGCGUGAAAACCCCUUCUUAAUUCUGUUAUGCACGCUUUCAAGCUUAUACAAAU